GGUGGUGUGACGUCGUAAGACCGCGCCGCGCUCCUGCAACUGUGGUCGGCUGAAGAAAGGACAGAGUGUCCAAACACACAGAAAAACUCCUGCUGAAGCAACUGAGACUCGUGACACACUGUUAUAAAGAUGGAGUUUAUUAAAGAGGAGAGCGAAGACGUGAAGAUUGAAGAAGCAUUCAGAGUCAAACAUGAAGAUACUGAGGAACAAACAGACCUGAUAGCACUGAAAGAGGAGAGUCAAGAAAUGAAUGAAGUGGAAGUGAAAGAUUGGUGUAAGAAACAUCAUGAUUUCAUUACCGGAGGAAAAUCCACACAGACUGAGAAGACUUCCUCAGAAAACAGAGCUCAGAAAAACAAAUCUAACAGCUGUUUUACCUGCCAUCAAUGUGGAAAGAGUUUCUCCCAAAAACAAAACAUUAAAGUCCAUAUGAGAAUUCACACUGGAGAAAAGCCUUUCACUUGUACUCAGUGUGGACAGAGCUUUACACGUAAAGAAACCCUUAAUGGCCACAUGAGAAUUCACACUAGAGAGAAGCCUUUCAAAUGCCAAGAGUGUGGACAGAAUUUUACACAAAAAGGCAACCUCAAUGCCCACAUGAGAGGUCACACUGGACAGAAGCCUUUCACUUGCAUUCAGUGUGGACAGAGUUUUACACGUAAAGAAACCCUUAAUGCCCACAUAAGAAUUCACACUGGAGAGAAGCCUUUCAUCUGCCAACAUUGUGGACAGAGUUUUACACAAAAAGGCAACCUCAAUGCCCACAUGAGAAUUCACACUGGAGAGAAGCCUUUCACUUGCAAACCGUGCGGGAAGAGCUUCUCACGAAAAGAAUGUCUGCAGACUCACUUGAGGAUUCACAUUGGAGAGAAGUCAUUCAAAUGUAUUCUGUGUGGAAAAAAAUUCAUAAGUAAAGUAAACCUUUAUCAGCACAUGAAAAUUCACUCAAGCGAGAACUGUUUUGUAUGUCUUCAGUGUGGAAUGAGUUUCAUAGAUGGGAAACAACUCAAGGAUCAUGUCAAAAUUCACAUCGGAGAGAAGCCUUUCAUGUGCCAUCACUGUGGGAAGACUUGCAUAAACAAAUCAAUCCUUAAAGUUCACAUUAGAGGUCACACUGGAGAGAAGCCUUUCAGCUGCCCUCAGUGUGGAAAGAGAUUCACACAAAAACCAAACUUUGAAGUCCACAUGAGAAUUCACACUGGAGAGAGGCCUUUCACAUGUCUUUGGUGUGAGGAGAGUUUCACAUAUGAAAGAGACCUGAAUCAUCAUUUGCUAACUCAUUCUGGAAAGCAGUAGCAAUGUUCCUCCGAGUGGUAAGAGGGUUACAGGAAACAACAGUUUCAGAAAUAAAGUGCAUAUUCACUCAUCUAAUUUUCAAAGUGUAAUUUAAAAAAUCAUCACACUUAAAUAUACACAUGAAAAUGUUUUGCAGAUGUUAAGAGCAUUUUCACUAUUUUUGAUGCCGUUUGAAUACUGUAACAAAUAUAAUUUUAUAUUAUUUUGUUAAACAUAUUUCUGUUGUUACAGGUAAUGAAAUUCAUUGUUAAUCUUUACAAUAAUACCAUAAUCAUGUAGUGUGAAAAUUUAAUUAUAAUGGCGGCAGCAGCCUUUCAGAAUUGGUGAAUCUGUCGCCGAUCAUUCACAUCUGGCAUAGAAGUCACUAAUUAACUUGGGCAUCGUUAAACCGGCACAAAUUUUAUCUCUGGAAGACCAACUCGCAGCCAGUGGCAGAG